UAUCAAACAAAUUUUAAUUUUAUUUUCUUCCAAACUAUUUGAAAAUGAUUUCGUUAAGACCCUUGACUUUAAAAUUUGUGUUACCAAAGAUUUCACGCCGUUGUUACUCAUUUUUGGAGCGUUUUUGUAAAAAGGACUCGUCCGAUGUAAAAGAUUUAAAUGGUGGUGGUCCUAGUGUAACCCUACAGUUGGAAAAUUCCUUCAAAUUGUAUAAUUUGGAAAAGGAGCCCUCAACCACAAUUUGUUUGACCGCCAAUGCAGCUUUAAAAUUGUAUAGAGAUAUGCAAACUAUACGAAGAAUGGAAAAUGCCUGUGGCAACUUGUAUAAGGAAAAGAUAAUACGGGGAUUUUGUCAUUUAUAUGUGGGUCAAGAAGCCUGUUGUGUGGGCAUUAAGUCUUCCAUGAGAUCUCAAGAUAGCAUUAUAACUUCUUAUCGUUCUCAUGGCUGGACGUGGCUAAUGGGCGUGCCCAUUUACAGUAUUAUAGCAGAACUGUGUCAAAAACAAUCCGGCUGCAGUCGUGGCAAAGGCGGCUCUAUGCAUACAUAUGCUGAAAAUUUCUUUGGCGGCAAUGGCAUUGUAGGAGCCCAAGCUCCCUUAGGGGCGGGCGUGGCUUUUGCUCAUGCCUAUCGUUGUGAUGGGGGUGUAAAUUUCGCCUGCUAUGGUGAUGGUGCUGCCAAUCAGGGCCAGUUACAUGAAGCCUUCAAUAUAGCCUGCCUGUGGAAGCUGCCGAUUGUGUUCGUUUGUGAGAAUAAUAAAUAUGGCAUGGGCACGUCUGUGAAAAGAUCCUCAUGCAGCACGGAUUAUUAUACCAGAGGUGAUUAUAUUCCAGGGCUAUGGGUUAAUGGCAAUGAUGUUUUGGCGGUUCGUAGUGCCGCGGAAUUUGUUAUAAAUCAUGCUCACACUUGUGGGCCUAUAGUAAUGGAAUUGGAAACUUAUCGAUAUCAUGGUCAUUCGAUGUCCGAUCCAGGUACUAGUUAUCGCAAACGGGAGGAGGUGCAAAUGAUGAGAGAGAAAAAUGAUCCGAUAACCACGUUUAGGGAAUUGUGUUUGAGAAAUAAACUGAUCAAGGAGGAGGAGUUUAAGAAAAUCGAUGAUUCAAUUAAAACCGAAGUAGACGAGGCCGUCAAACAAGUACGCCAGGACAAAGAUACCGAUCCCGGCGAAUUGGCCAUUGAUGUUUAUGCCAAUAAUUUAGAGGGCAAUAUAAGAAAUAUUAUCAGGCGUGAUUUAAAACAUGACAAUGUGGGUACACCUUUAAUACCCCUGGGUAAAGUAAAAGCCACACCCAAGACGGACAUAAAAGAAAUACCCAAAAAAGAAGAAAAAUCUGCUAUAAAACCUUUAGCCGAGGGUGACAUGAAAAAUGACAAGGAGCCUGCAACAAAAGCGAAAGAAGAUGGCAAAAAAGAGGAAGCUAAAAAAUCAUUGGAAGUUAGCAAAAAUUUAGCUAAAAAAUCUUCGCCACUGCUUAAAAACAAAACUGAUAAUUCAGACAAAGAUAAAAAUCCUAAAGAUUCCACAAAGAAAUAA